CACUCCUCCCCACGCAUGCACACACCGCCUCACACCACCGCUGGCCAGCAGCAGCGUCUGACGGCUGCAUCCUCUGCUGCGCAGCAUCGCGCCUCCUCCAUCCUGCUCUGCGGCGUCUCCCACCCGACAUCCAAACCCGCACGAGUCUGUUGCGUCUCCAUUUGGCGUUUCUCAGACUCCUUUUUGUUUGUUUGGAGAAAUAACAAAACCGCGGACAUGAUGAGUAACAAAGAGCGACGAGGAAUGAAUUUCAAAGGCUUGUUGAAGAGGAACUGGCUGCUGAUUGCCACGAUUGUAGCUGUGCUGCUCGGGAUUAGUUUAGGCGUUUUGGUGAGAGAGUAUGCUUCCCUCUCCCACCUUCACAAGCAGUACUUCGGCUUCCCAGGAGAGAUCCUCAUGAGAAUGCUGAAGCUUGUCAUCCUCCCACUCAUCAUUUCAAGCAUGAUAACAGGUGUUGCAGCCCUGGACUCUGAGGUAUCAGGAAAGAUAGGUCUACGAGCUGUUAUUUAUUACUUUUCAACAACCAUCAUUGCAGUUAUUCUUGGUAUUAUUUUGGUGAUGACUAUCAAACCAGGAGUCUCUCAGACAGCGGAACACAUUGACAGAGCCGGUACAACGCCCAACAUCACAACAGUUGACACACUCUUGGACCUCCUCAGAAACAUGUUUCCCGAAAAUCUGGUGCAGGCUUGUUUUCAGCAGUACAAGACCAUACGCCAAGAGCUGGAGCCUGCAAAAGUUUCAUCCAACACCACCACAAUUCCACCUCUCGCCACUACUCUCCUGUCGGUGGUAAAGAACAUAACCAAGGAAUAUAAAAUCGUGGGACGGUAUUCGGAUGGAAUCAACGUACUGGGGCUUAUCGUGUUCUGUGUUGCUUUUGGCCUUGUCAUUGGAAAGAUGGGCGAAAGGGGACGUAUCCUCUUGGAAUUCUUUGAUGCACUAAACGAAGCAACCAUGAAACUGGUCCAGAUCAUUAUGUGCUACAUGCCAAUAGGGAUCCUGUUCCUAAUUGCAGCCAAGAUCAUCGAGGUAGAAGACUGGGAGAUCUUCAAGAAGAUGGGUCUUUAUAUGGUGACGGUGCUGAGUGGACUAGCUAUCCACGCCACCAUCUGUCUGCCACUGAUCUUCUUUGUUAUUGUGAGGAAGAACCCGUAUACAUUCACAUUGGGAAUGGCUCAGGCUCUGGUGACAGCACUCAUGAUCUCCUCCAGCUCUGCCACACUGCCUGUCACCUUCCGAUGUGCCGAGGAGAACAAUCGCAUUGACAAGCGUAUCACACGUUUUGUCCUCCCAGUGGGUGCCACCAUCAACAUGGACGGGACAGCGCUAUAUGAGGCAGUGGCCGCCAUCUUCAUCGCCCAGCUGAACGACUACGCUCUGGAUGUGGGCCAGAUUGUUACUAUCAGUAUAACAGCAACAGUUGCCAGUAUUGGAGCAGCAGGAGUCCCUAAUGCUGGUCUCGUCACCAUGGUGAUAGUCUUAACCGCUGUUGGAUUACCUGCAAGUGAUGUCACUCUGAUAGUUGCUGUGGAUUGGCUGCUGGACCGGUUCCGUACUAUGAUCAACGUUCUUGGCGAUGCUUAUGGAGCAGGAAUUGUCCAGAAACUAUCCAAGCUGGAACUGGAGAGGAUGGACCUAACAUCGGAUGUCGACGUCGCCAACCCCUUCGCUCUGGAAGGCACUUUGGAUGACGAAGAGUGUGAGAAGAAAUCCUAUGUCAACGGAGGUUUCACCGUUGAUAAGACAGAUGCAAUCUCCUUUACUGAAACCUCUCAGUUCUAGCCUGUGGCUAGUUCCGAGGGACAGAGAAAGUGCCAUGCUGCUACGGAUGUAAAACGGAAAGCCUUCCAUCAUGUAUCAGCAUCAUGACAAGAGGAGAAAACUAUCCAACCAGACCCAUCCAAGCUCUGACAUCAGCAAUAGCAGUCGACCUUAAGCUUAUCCAAGAUGAUCACCUUUCAUGUCGGACAUUUAUAACCACGACUAGUUUAAGUGCUUCCUUCUUACACUCAAAUUGUGCCAAGAUUUUUGAAAAUGUCUGUUUUCGUUUGUGCAAAGAUUUAUUUAAAAGAAGAGCUGUUAGUAUGUUUUUGGGGAUCUUUCCGGAGUGUGUGUACAUUGUAAAAAUAAAACAAUAAUCUUAAUUUGAAGCUCCAUUCUCAAUUUGCUUUUUGAUUAGAAAAUAAUUCUAACAUGUCUGAAUGAUUGUUUUUUGCGUGGCUGUUGUUGAAUUUCUAUGUCCCAUAAUGCACUGCUUGUACUGUAUAUCUAUCAAAUAUGUAUAUUUGUGCCAAACAUUUAAAGAGGUUUUUCACCAAGUUGCAUGAAGCAAUAUGUUAAAAAAAUGCUAAUCACUGGCUGCAAAAUGAAUUUUAUAGAGCCUUUACAGAGAAUGGCGAUGGUUAAGCAAGAUUUAUGAAGUCAUCAAACACUGUGAAACUGUAAACCAAAUCAAUAAAAGUCAUUGAUUUAUUCCAAAAUAUAAUGUUCAUUACAUUACAUAAGACCCCAAAUUGUACCUUCUUAACCAAUAUUAUUUUAAUUGUGACCUAUUGGUUAAGACCCACUUAAUCACAGCGGGUUUUAACAUGAUGCAACAACAUAACUUAGCUAGUGGUCUUUUACUGUUUGGUUACGUUGUAAAAUGUUCAAAUGCUCUUAAACCAAUGGCUGAAACCAAUGGCUGACUACAGUAAAUUUUGCAUGUUAUAGGUAUUUCUGCUUGAACAACACAUGAAAACAGUACCAUUGAUAAAGAAGAGUUGGACAUGUUGGUAAAUAUGCUCUGCUUUUUUGUCAAUAGUUUGAUGACAAGAUCAAUAACUAUUCUUAAUGUUGAGGUAUUCCUUUGAUACAGGUAUGGCACCCUGGCUGAAAGCUACGCCAGCUUUUUUUGCAAUUGAUGAAAAUACUGAACAGCAUUGUCAAAUUCAGAGUAUUGGUGUCAUUUAUAACAUCUAAUACCUUGACAUUAUCAAGUUUUCAGUCAUGCAGUAAAGCUGCAAAACGGUACCACGUCUUGAAAUAAACCAGGCUGUGGAGAAAGGAUAUGAUGCAUCAAAAACAUUGAAUGAUAUAGACAAAACUGUAUAGGCACUUUGUGGAGUCAUUAACCUGUCCAAUCUGCCUUGUUUUCUUACCUUUUCUUGUCAUGUCCAAAUUUGUAAUGACUAAAAGUAUGGCAGGUAAUCUACCCUAACUAUGUACCAUAUUUGUGUAAUUGCAACUAGUUAGCAUGAGCAAAAAACAUUGUGGGUUUGAAAGAGAUGUUCUUCUGUAGAGAUAGUCAGAAUAAAAGGCAUAUAGUGUCAAUGACGACUUUCCCAAUAUAAGAGUGGUCCAGUAGCUGAAAAGGUUUUAAACCAAUAUUAAAUCUGCAAAAUCCCCUGUAUGUACCAACAUUGAAAACCAUUUAGAAAACUCAAAUAAGACAAAUCUGUGUGUUUUAUGUGAUAAUGUGAGGAAGGUAUAUAAGGUCUGUGUGGAGUACAGAGGUUUUUAUCUGAUGAUAUUUUUUGACUAAGUCACAUCUUUACUUUACUUCAUUAAUAUGCCUUCCUUGUCUUAUUUUGUGUUUGUGGACACAUACUUUUCUGCUUCCAAUAUUUCUAUAUUCAAGAUUUUGUAGUUAUUUUCUGCAUUUCCACAUAGUUAUUUUGUGGGAAUAAAAAUGGGUGGAUGUAACUGCAUACUUCAUAUGUUUAAUUCAUUUCAUGCCUAGUGAUCUAGUAAUAAUAUUUGAAUUUUUGGUUGGCAGAUUGAAAUGAUGGCAACAAUUAAAAUGACUUAACCAGUUUUUAGAAUACUAUGGACAAAUGUGUUGUAUGGACAGACUAACAGAAUGAGCCUCAGCUUCCUUAAAAUGUCAAUGACAGUUAAUCCUUUGAUAGAAAUGCCACAAAUGACUACUAAUAUUAAUGCUCCUUGUCUGCACUGUUAUUUGUGAUGAUCACUGCGUGUGAUGCUUGUGUUUUUUUUAAUAAAAUGUAUAUCUGUAACUGUAA